UCUCUCUCCUCUCUUUCUCCUUGUAUAUUUCCCCUUCUCUCCACAAACUCUUACUAACUCCAUCAACCUCUGCUCCAUAACUUCUCUGCAACUUCAAGUCUCCAUUACUGUUUACACAGCAGCUGUAGGAAAUAUGAGUUACUGGAAGGACAAGGUUCUCCCCAAAAUCAAGAAGUACUUUGACAAGCCAGCCAAGAAGAAGGCGGCUGCUGAGGCUUGCAAGCUCUUUGAUGAAUCCAAGGAAACCAUUAACAAGGAGUUUGAAGAGAAGAAGACUGAACUCCAACCCAAAGUAGUUGAAAUCUAUGAAGCCUCGUCCACUGAGAUUAAGACUGUGGUGAAGGAAAAAAAAGAGAGUGGUAUAAAGAAAAACUCACCUGCAGUUCAGAAAUUCCUUGAAGAACUAGUUAAGAUUGAAUUCCCUGGUUCUAAAGAAGUAUCUGAGGCCUCAAUAAAAUUUGGAGCCCCAUAUCUGUCGGGCCCGAUCAUCUUCAUUUUCGAAAAGGUCUCCACAUUCAUAGUAGAAGAGAAGGUCGAUCGCGAAGUUACAGUUGAGGAAGUCAAACCAGUUGCAGAGACCAGUGAAGAACCUGAGAAAGCUGUGAUCACAGAGGAGAAAUCUUCAACUGAAGUCGUCGAAAAAGCUGAAACCGUUGAAGAAACGGCACCACCCACCGAAACAAAAGAGGCUAAAGAGGCUGAGAAACCAGAAGGAAAGGCAAACCCAUGACGAAAUAUUUCUCCUUCUCUCUAAAAUGGAGAUUGAAUUGGGAUUCUUCUCUGUAAAAUUACUGCAAAUAUGAUGCAUGCGUUUGCUUAAUUUCUCAUUCUUUCGAAUCUUUUUUUUUAUUUAAUUUGUGUUUCAUUGAUCUGUAAAAGAAGUUUUGGGGGGGUCUCCAUCUGUGUUGAUUAAGCUCUGAGAAGAGCAAGGAACAAUGACUUUAGAGUCUUGUCUGGUUUUCUGGUUUUUCUCCGACACUGUAAUUGAGUCGUGUGUUCAUUUUUA